AUGUUUAUUUAUAUUUCCAAGCCUGGAAGCGUAUUUAACCUAGCGUGAAUGAUCGUUGGGAGUGUAUGGGAGUUUGAAAGUGAUGACUGCUAUGAUGAGUUUUAUAACGACUGGGCUUUAACUUUGGCAAUAUUAAUUACUAUGUAUACGAGCGUUGGACUAGUUUGCUGCUUACUAUGCUGCUGUAUAUGUGUUGGAUUAAUGAGUUCUUAG